AAUCGUAUUUUUUUGUACAAGAGUCAGUGGCCAGUCGUGCUCUCGUCGUAAUAAUAUUUCGUAAGUCAGCGAAAUUAUUUUAUUCGGUGGCAAAAUUCUCUCGACACCGGAAUUCGGCGCUCUGUUCGUGUGAGUGUUUUCGCCGGACUCCAUUCAGUUUGACCUCAGCUCGGCCGUCCGAUUAUAACAAUUACUUGAGUGUGUCCGUUGCGGGAUAUGGCUUGUAAAAUUAAAGAAGAUAAAAACAUGGCUCCAUCAGCUCUGUUACGGGCAGAAGACGAUAGCAGUGAAGACGAUAAUCAACGCAAACGAGACAAGAACAAUCGGGUAGUUGAAAGAGUUAGUUCUAGAACUCGCGCACAACGGAAAUUGCGGCGUUUGAACAAAUUAAACGCUGAGAAAGCAAUACUUGUAGAAAAACAAAAAGUUUUAUUAAAAGAAUUAAGAUUUUGGAAAACUAUAUUAAUAGCAAAUGGAAUAUCACUAAUUGCAUCAUCCUACUUCAAUCCUCCAAAUUGAACUGAGCGACGCUACUUUGGAACUAUUAAAAAAUGAUUUUACAAAACCUCAAUCUUCUUCAUAAGUAUAAUUUAAUUUGUUUUAUUUUAUGGGAACAGCAUAUUUUAUAAGUAAAAUUUUAUGUUAUUUUGCCGGGUUGCAUAAACAAUUUAAUACAUUUAAUGGAUCUCUAUAAUUUUAUGGACCAAUCGUGGGCUAAUAAA